GGUUGACUGGGAGCGCGCAUGCGCAUGACGGCGGCGGGGACUAGCGAGCCGCGGCGAACUGUGAGGCAGUCAAAGACGGAGCGCGCGGCGAGCUGGGACUUGCGCUCGCCGCCGCUCGUGCUCUGGGCGUAGCAAGCGAGCGAGAGGUUAUGAGCCUGCAGGACUCCAGCGGCCACCCUCGCUCCGGCCGCGGCCAUGGCAGCCUCCAUAGAGCAGGAGUUCCAGGAGAUCGACACUGCUAACGACUGGCAGGCUCGCUACCUUGAAAUUCGGCAUAAAUCCAAUGACUAUCCUCAUAGAGUUGCAAAAUAUCCAGAAAACAGAAAUCGAAAUAGAUACAGAGAUGUCAGCCCAUAUGAUCAUAGUCGUGUAAAACUGCAGAACACAGAGAAUGACUAUAUCAAUGCCAGUUUAGUAGUCAUAGAAGAAGCCCAAAGAAACUAUAUUUUAACACAGGGUCCACUUCCUAAUACUUGUUGUCAUUUUUGGCUAAUGGUAUGGCAACAAAAGACCAGAGCAGUUGUCAUGCUAAACAGAAUUGUUGAAAAAGAGUCAGUAAAAUGUGCCCAGUACUGGCCAACAGAAGAAGAGGAAGUCAUGAGGUUCAAGGAAACGGGAUUUUGUGUGAGGCUAGUAUCAGAGGACGUAAAAUCCUAUUAUACAGUACACCUACUACAAUUAGAAAACAUCAAUAGUGGUGAAUCCAGGAUGAUAUCUCAUUAUCACUAUACUACGUGGCCAGAUUUUGGAGUCCCUGAGUCCCCAGCUUCAUUCCUCAACUUCUUGUUUAAAGUCAGAGAAUCUGGUUCGCUGAGUCCUGAACAUGGACCUGCCGUAAUUCACUGUAGUGCAGGGAUAGGACGCUCUGGCACAUUUUCAUUAGUAGACACCUGUCUUGUCCUGGUAAACCCUUCUUCUGUGGACAUUAAGCAAGUAUUAUUGGAUAUGAGAAAGUAUCGCAUGGGACUUAUUCAGACGCCUGACCAGCUAAGAUUCUCAUAUAUGGCUGUAAUAGAAGGAGCAAAAUUUAUCAUGGGGGAUUCAACUAUACAGAAACGGUGGAAGGAACUUUCUAAGGAGGACCAAGCACCAAGUUCUGAGCAGUCUCCUCCACACCCAACCAGAAUAAAUAUGGAGAAGUACAAUGGGAACAGUGUGGGCUUAGAAAAACAGGAGCAAAUGGGGGAGAAAACAAAUACUGAACUGUCCACUAAAGUACAAGAUACUAUGGAUGGAAACAUUGAAAGUACUGUUCGGAAACGGCUGCGAGAGGAUAGAAAAGCUUACACAGCCCAGAAGGUGCAUCAGAUGAAACAGAAGCUAAGUGAGACUGAAAGAAAAAGAAAAAGGUGGUUAUAUUGGAAACCUAUUCUCACUAAGAUUGGGUUUGGUACAGUCAUUUUAGUUGGAGCUUAUUCUUGCUGGAAACUGUAUUUUCAAGAACAUUCCUUGUAAGUAAAAACUUAUUUGCACUGUGAGCCUGUCUAUGGUAGCAGCUAAUCUUGCUGCAAGUCAAUCAUUAGGGAGUUUGACUUUCAGCAGCAAACUCCUUACACCUAAAAUCGGUGCAGUAGUUUAGACACAAACUAGAUAAGUGAUGUAAACUGAUCAGUCAGCAUCUCAGGACUUUCACAGCAGGUACUUCUGAAACCAAACGGCAAAUUGCUACCCAGAAUAAAGUUGUUCGUUUGUUAAAUAAACAGGUACAAACUUUGUGUAACUGUAUUUAUAUACUUUUAAAAAUGGUAUUCCACUGAAUCUAGAUAGAUAGAUAGACCCUGAGCCAUGAAAAUUUAACUAUCGUGGCUAUCUGGGUUUUAAUUUACAUGCCUGACAUAAGCAAUAAACAGUGUGGUAUCAUUUACAUUAUUAAUGCAAAGAAGUUAUCCUUAAAUGUGUGUAAUGUGUAAUGUACUAUUGACAUAGGCAUCAACAUUUUAUAUUCUUAUGACCCAGGAUAAAUAUAUUUUAUAACUGCAUAUUUAAUCUUACUUUUUGUAGCUAACUGUACUUUUAAAAGCUUAGUUUGUACAAAUUUAUUUGACAAAAAAAAAAUUUUGAUUUUGGAACUUAAUGUAUAGGAUAUUUUGUGCACAGUGCAUCCAUUCCCCACAUUUCAAGAUGAGACUUUUGAUAUGAGCAGCUAGGGUUCUAAUGAAGCACUUUUCAGUUUCUACUCUGUACGCUGCAUUCCUUUUAUUUAUUUAUUUUUUGUUUUUGCAGUUUCCUUAUUUAAAAAAGCUUUAAAAUGCUUGGUGUUUUUUUGUUUUGUUUGUUUUUAUAAAGCUGUUUGCUAGUCCUAGACUUAGAGGCAAAUUGUUAAACUGAUUAAUGGAAGUUGUAUUAAGACUUCAGCUACUGUCUGAAGCUCUAGUUUUGUUAAAGUUCUGACAUUCCAUUAAAUGUGAAAUGUGAUAUUUUGUGUCUCAUCUUAUUUUUUUUUUUUUGAGUUUUAUGCCGUGUAAUAAUAAUAAUAAUCUAUCACCCAUCAAUAAUGGCACAUUGAAGGCAACUUAAAACUGAUUGAACUUUUUGUGAAAAACUUGUUUCAAAAGUAAUUGAAAGCAUUAGCUACAGAAUAUAGAUGAAUAUUGUCAACUAUUUGAUAACAUUUUAUGAACUGUGACAAAGUCUUAAGGAUGCCAGAUCUAUUUAAGGUACUUUUUUAAGUUGCCUAUCACCAUAGUAAACACAGUAGUUAGCCACUUCAUCAGGAAUAGUAGAUGAAGGAAGUACUUAUUUACCUUUGGAUCAGUUUGAGAUGGAUCAUAAACUUUUCACUGUUUAUAUGAAAAAGUGUAUCUAAUAGCUCUUUUCCCAGCUCCAUUGUUAACUUCCUUUCCCUUAAAGGAACCUAUACAAUGGAAUCUGUAUGUAGCUGUCCAAAUCAUUCUCAGCUGAGGAAGGCUGUGUGGCCUAGUGGAUAGAACAGUGGAUCAGAGUUCAGGAGACUUGAGUUCUAUUCAUGGCUCUGCCACUGGACUGCUGGGUGACCUUGGACAGAUCACUGUACCUCACUGCCUCAGUUUCCAAAUGUGUAAAAAGGGGAUGAUACUGUGAUCUCCUUAAUAAAGCACUUUGAGAGGUCUCCAGCCACCUGCAAGCUCAGUAGCAAGAGAUUAAACAUGGGACCUAAACUGAGUUGCUGUUUCUUUGCAGUGCUACUAGAUGACUGAACAACAUACACUUUUGAGGAGUGUCUCAUGGACGUGCAAUAGAUUUACAUAGGUACCUCCAGCUAGUGUGAAUAGGAGUAAAAUGUGUAAUUCCCCGGUGUUAGUAAAAGAAUGAGACUUCAGGUGGUAGAGUCUUACAGUAUUCAGAGCUGUGUUUCUGUAAGACUGCCAUUAAAACAAGAUGGCAACUUGUACUGGAACCAUGGCAGAGCCAAGAUUUAGUAAUUGCUUUGGCAGAAAUAGUAAAUUUGGUUACUUGUUGUAACAAGACGGUAAACAAUCAGGGAGAGAGUGCAGAUUUUGUGUUUUAGGAAGGUAUUGUCCCACCAAAUAGUUUUUUUUUUUUCUUUUUUUAACCUUCAGCUGUUCUAACUCUAAUCAACCCCCAGCCUAGAGAGAGUGCAUUACUCUUUCCAUCCUAUAUCUUACUCCUCAAUCUUCCCAUAUUUCUUUUCUGUUGUAAAGUGUCUUACAAACGGCUGGGUUUUAUUUAUGGGAAAAUGUAUGUUGUGCCAUGAAGUACUAUUAUAAAAGUGAAAUGAGAUCUUCAAAUCCUAAAGUGCUUAAAGGAAAACAGUUAAGAAAAAAAACCUCCAAGAGAGAUAAUAUCCCUUUCUCUGAAAUUGCAAGUCUCCAUUUAUCUCCUGACUCAGCAGCAGGAUUUUUCCAAGCAUUUUCUGCUUUCCUCUGAUGACAAGCUCUAAAUGCAUCUUUGAACACCCUCAUUUGAAUUCUUUUACCUGACGCCAUCUAAACUGUCUCCUACAUUGCCCAGACCCCAAGAAGACUUUCUUGGUCUCUUGGGAACGUUCAUGUAUGCUCACAUUGUGUUCACUCCUUUUCACACCACAAAGUAGCAUUUGUAAAUUAAUUUGGUAAUUUAUGGGUAAGCUGUGUUUGGUUGGCUUGGCUGCAUCAUUAACAACCAGGUGUGAAGACAUCUGUAACAAUUUUUAAGGAUCACACCAGUGACAGACAAAAAAAUGUUAAACUCCGAUCUGCUGCAGUAUAAGAUUGGGAAAGAAGCUUUUUAUCACAUUCCAGGAAGGAACCUGGUGUAAAAUCCUAGUUCCAUUUAAAAUCAAUGGCAAAAUGCCCACUGACUUUUUAGUGGGGUUAGGAUUUCCUCUUUUGUCUUUAGUUCAUAGCACUUUACAGGAAGGUGGUUGUUACAAAAUCUAGGCUAUGCAUACUUUGUUGUUUUUGUGGCAGUUAAGUGAAAAGAGAACAUGAGACAACAGUCUUCACUUCUGAGAUAUUAAAUCCUGAUUGGCGCACUAGUUCUGAAAUGCUGUUGAGCUUCUGAUUGAAAUCUUGACUGUGAUCCUCUUUCCCCUAUAUGUAUUGUUUUCCAGAAUAAUUAGCAUAGUAGAACUUAUUUUUUUAAUUAGAUCACUUUAAAGCUGACAUUCAGAUGAUUAGCUUCAUACAAAUCUCAUUCACCUUUUACCAAGUAACAAACACCUGAAUCUCAGUUAUAAGUAGCACAUUCUAGUUUUAUAAGGAUUGGAAUUAGUCCUUUUGGUUUUCUAUUCAAUUAUAUUUUUCUGGCAUGGGAAAUCUAUUGUUUGCAAUGGCACCACUUGCUGUGUUGAGUGCCCCUCGAUCUUUUAAAUAUUUUCCCCACUACUUGUUGAGCAGGAGUUAUCCAAAGCAAUAAUUAAAUACAGUCUAAAGUAAAGAGUUGGAGAAAUUACAGGUGCGUUUUAGGGAAAUUUAAUUUGCAAAUGAAACUUAACUUAAUUAAGCUUUUGGAACAUUACUUGUUCCGUUUCAUUAACUGAUGUAUUUUUAUUUUAAUAUAGUAUUUUAAAAAUAUACAGCUUAGUGCAAAUGGACAAUAAAAAAAGGCAAGUGUGUGAAUUGGGUGGGUAUGAAAAAGCCUUGAAGUAUAAUAGAGGCCAACAACAUUAAUGUACCUUUUCAUUUAUUAGACUUAAAUGUCAGAUUUUUGGAUGACUGCACAAGAAACUUAUGUAAAUUGAUUGAGGUAACUCCUGGGGAAAAUUGUCAUUGUGGUCAAGUGAUUUAAACUACAGGGUGGAAUUUGGCAAAGUUAAAUUGUGUGAUAGUCUUCCUGCCUUUUAAAGCUGUUUUUUAACUGGCUUCAGCUCAGUCUCACUCUUGUGUACUAAAAAUAAAUGUGUUCAAAAUA